AUGACCGUCCCCAGUAAUAGCCCCUUCUGGAGCAACGAAGACCCUUCAAAUGAGGACCUCAUCCUGCCUUGCAAUGCCAGGCUGGAUCCUGCAGUUUCUGAGGCUCAGCCCAAUCGUCCAGCACCUCUGUCCAGCCCAUCUACUCGUUCUCUGAAUGACCCCUUCGCUACUCCCCCACCGGCCAGCCCCGCCCUCAGCCCUAUCACGUCCCCUCCUCAGGCUAUAUCCUCGGACCGAACUUCCCGCAAGGUUGGCAUCUACGGGCCUUACCUGGACUCUGCAGGCUCCUCUGAGAACUCGCUGAGCAGCCAGGCGGGCCAACGUCUCACCACCCCGGGCCCGGCGGAUGAGAAGUCCUCCGCCAACGCCAAGAAGCGAUCGCUGUGGACUCGCUUCUGGCAUGCUGUUGCCAACCAAAUCUCACCCAAGGCUCUUUGGGAUCUCAUCAACCCAAAGGAGUACCUCUACCCCAUGACCGUCAAGAAGUACCUCGCCCUUGCCGGCGUCUGCGCUUGUGUCGCCGCCAUCGUCAUCUCGAAUCACUACACCCACUGGAUGACUAAGGCCAUCGCUCAGACACGAAGCUACAUGCUCCCUGUCCUGGUCAUUGUCCUCACCAUCGAGCCUACCAUGUUCCUCAUCAUCAUGUGUAUUGCCAAGGUUCCCCCCUACAACCCGCCAGCCACAGACACUCCACAAGUCGUCCAAGAAGCCUUCAACGAAAAGAGCGCAGGAGACCUCGAACGAGGCGUUGGAGUCACCACUGCUUCCAAAGUCUGGGAAGCUGCUUUCGUCAUUCCCUGCCACAAUUCAGAUCGCGAAGCUCUUCAGAAGGUGCUGGAAUCUGCAUACCCGUACUUCCGCCCCCAGGACAUCUUUGUCAUUGACAACGCCCGCACCCGCUACCCAAAAGACCUUUCAUUCCGAUACUGGCUCAGGGCCCUCAAUCCCGACAUCAACUACAUCUGGUCUCCAAUCGGGUCAAAGAACGCUGCGCAGCUUGUUGGUUCUCUGGCAGCAAAGAACUACAAGUACAUCCUGACAACAGAUGAUGAUGUCUCUCUCCCCAAUAACUACCGCCACCCCACGCACCUCAUGGACGAUCAGAUCAAGGCAGUCGCUUUCCCCCUCAUAGGCAUCGACGCCGAGGGCAACACCCCGCUAGGCAUGGUCUCUUGGCAGGACUGCGAGUACCGCAUGGCCGGCCUCACCAAGCUCGCCGAGUACAGAACCUGCGGCGUCAACUUCCCGCACGGCGCCGGAUGGUUUGUCGACCGCGAUACCUUUGUUGAGCUUCUCACAAAGUAUCACCCCAUGGACUUUAUCGCCGAGGACGCCAACGCCGGCUUUGCCAUGAUGCGCCUCAACAAGCGAAUUGCCUUUGACGCCCAGGUGACCCUUGCGACAGAAGUGCCCUCAACUCUGCUCGGUCCGGGCUUGAACUGGUGUAAGCAGAGAGUCAAGUCUUGGGAGAUGGGUCGCCACAGUCUCAUCUGGAAGCUCUUCCGCCACUUGUUCCGUAUGAAUGGCCAGCGCACCGUCUCGGGUAUUGGCGUGCAAAAGUUCCUCUUUCUCUACACUUUGACCUGUCUCGUCAUCGACUGGGUGCGCAUUCCCGUUCUGGUGGCCCUGGGAGCCCACAAGGACUACUGGAUCUUUUUCUGCAGUCUUGCCUUUGUGGCCGCCGUUCCGCCUGUCCUGUACAACUACAUUAGUUGUCGACACCGCCCGGAUAUGCGCAUCGGCCUCGUCACCGCUGCUACCUAUCCAUUCUACAAGCAGCUCUACGCAUUCAUCUCUGUUUUGGGCGCCGUACGCUGGGCCCUGUUCUAUAUUGGAGGCCACGUCCGGGCUAAACCUAUCCGUAAAAUGCUCAAGGAUGGUGAUGAUGCCUGCUUCUGGUUGGAUCCCAGGUUCGAGACGAACCCUGCCUGGCUGGCUGAUGAGAGAGAACAGCAGCUGGCCAACGAGUCGGCAUCGGCAACUAUUGUCGACUCAAGCCCCGCACAUAGCCGAGAUAAUUCUCAGGCACAUAAUUCUAGUCACUCGACUGGCGACGUGUGGCAUUGCAAGCAUGGUUAA